AUGCACAAAAAUGCUAAUAUCAUAACUUUUUGGAAAAAAGAACAUUCAACGGCUUUUGACGAAUUAAAAAAUUGUCUCUCCAAGAUUCCUACUCUUGGCUACUAUGAUCCAAAUGAUCAUACCCAAGCAAUCACUGAUGCUAGUCCGGUAGGUUUGGGCGCUGUACUGAUUCAGUAUGAUGACAAUGGACCCCGCAUCAUUGCCUUCGGAAACAAGAGCCUGACAGACAUUGAGAAACGAUACUGUCAGACCGAAAAGGAGGCAUUGGCUUUAGUGUGGGCAAUUGAACACUUCCACAUGUACUUAUACGGGAAAAAGUUUGAGCUUAUCACAGACCAUAAACCUCUGGAGGUUAUAUUUGGUACGCGAUCAAAGCCUUGUGCACGAAUCGAGCGCUGGGUCCUUCGGUUACAAGCAUAUGAUUAUAAAGUUAUUUAUAAGCCCGGAAAAUCCCACAUAGCAGACCCAUUAUCACGUUUAUGUACGACCAGCAUUCAAAACAGUUCUUUUGAAGACGAACAUCAUGUUAACCAGAUUGUUCAACUCGCGCGACCCAUAGCAUUAUCUCUUAAAUCGAUUAUUGAAGCAUCAAAUGACGAUGAGUUUAAAUUAGUAAAAGAUGCUUUGAUGAACAAUGCUUGGGAUGCUUCAAUAAAUAAUUAUAAAUUAUUUCAACAUGAACUCUGGUUACACGAUGGCGUCUUGUUGAGAGGAAACAAAAUGGUGAUUCCUACUAAGUUGAGGAAACAAGUGUUAGCAGCGGCCCAUGAAGGUCAUUCAAGUAUAGUCAAUAUGAAAGCUAGGCUGCGCACAAAAGUUUUGGCCAAAAAUAGACAAAGACUCUGA